AUGGGAGGAGUGAGAAGUCAACCUCUUACGUCRGGGGGAGGCAUGACUAUCAACCAGCCUCACCCUGAUGAAGAAAUUUACAGUGGCCAGCUUCCCGCUAUCGGAGUUCAGACUACGUUUAAUCUUGACGAAUUACCCCCUCCCCCUGACUACAAAGAUCUAUACUUUCCUCCACCUCCAAAACCGUUUUCAACAACUAUAAUUACAAAAAGACCGAGAGAGAUUAGUUUUCCUGCAGUAACAAUCUGUAAUCUUAAUCAUGUCAGCAAGAAGGAAUAUGCCAAGGCAACUCGAGCAUAUGAAGUGAACAAAACCGACGAGCAACUCGAGAGAGAUAUUCAGCUAACAAUGGCGUCAAUGCAGAGGAGAGGUAAUCAAAGUGAUUUAAGCUCAAACGACGAGUUGUCGAUGUUCAAGCUUUUAAACGCUUCUGAGAACUAUCAUCGACGAGGGAAUCGACUUCUAAACACUUUGAAACAAUACUCGCACAAAAUAGAAGGCAUGCUGUCGUUCGAUUGGAUUGAGCCCUGUGUAUGGCGAGGAGUUAAAUGCUCACCUGCAAAUUUCAGUUCCUUUGUCACUUUAAGGAUGGGCCAGUGCUUUACCUUCAACUCUGGGGAAAAAGGUCAUGAACGUCUAAAGUCUUAUAUCCCUGGGCCAACGAAUGGUUUACGACUUCGCCUGAACGUCGAGGAAGAAGAUCAUGUCAGUGACUCUACUUCCAACAUCGCUGGAUUUAAAGUUUCCAUACAACAUCAAGAUGAAUAUCCAGGUGUGGAUGAGUUUGGUUUUGCAUUGCAGCCUGGAACCCACACGUUUGCUGCUAUUCGAGCAUUUAAGAUGAAAAGGUUAGAAGACCCAUACGAAGCAAAUUGCAGCUCACCUAAGGAUGACAUCUCCAAGGCCUACAACAAAACAUAUUCCGUUAAUUCUUGUAGUCUGCUAUGUUUCAUGAGGUACAUUGCACAAGCAUGUGGCUGUCAACUGCUGAUGGAGAUAAUCCCGGGAAAAGAAGUCUGCUCUCUUAAGGAAUCUUUCGAAUGUGCCUAUCCAAAGAUCUAUGUCACGAUAGCAGGGAUCGCUGAUCUCGGCGUUAACUACCUGGAACAAGCGUUGAGACCAGGAAUCGAAAAGUUGGGCCAGUGCUUUACCUUCAACUCUGGGGAAAAUGGUCAUGAACGUCUAAAGUCUUAUAUCCCUGGGCCAACGAAUGGUUUAAGACUUCGCCUGAACGUCGAGGAAGAAGAUCAUGUCAGUGACUCCAACAUCGCUGGGUUUAAAGUUUCCAUACAACAUCAAGAUGAAUAUCCAGUUGUGGAGGAAUUUGGUUUUGCAUUGCAGCCUGGAACCCACACAUUUGCUGCUAUUCGAGCAAUUAAG